UCGGUCUGCCGGACGCCGGACGUGUCGUGACUGAGGACACCGAGUGUGAUUGUGUGAAGCUAUUCUGCGAUAGUCGACAGUCGUCACUGUCUAUCCGAAUCUGUUUUCGGUUGGUACGGCGAGGUGUCCAUUCCAAAUUCCAAUAAUUCGAAUACUAUCGAAUAAAUCGAAACUAUCGAAUAGUUCAAAUGGACCGGACUAUCGAAUAAUUCGAUACUACACAUAGUGUAUCACUACUUCACUUAUAGUCAGUAGUCGUAUCAGGAGUCAGGACCGAAAGUAGAAUUUCAUUAAAAACCAAAACCGCCAUAAGACCUAAAGAUCGAUAUUUGAUUUAACCGAAUAUUUAUUAUUUUUAGUACAUCAUUUUGGUCGUGAUCUGGUCACUCGACAGAUUCAUUCAUUUGAAUUCAUUCAGUCGCGACCAUAGCAACUCUAAUCCAAAUUAAAUAUGAUAUUGACAAUAAGCAAGUUGACCUGCAAAAUAAAGCCACUAAUGAAUUAUAGAGUUUAUUCUAAGAAAAUAGAUGAAGUACUACCAAAAAACUUAUUAGAAGACAUCUAUACAGCAUCACAACAAAAGCAGCUGGGUAUAAUUUAUGAUAAAAGGCCAUUUAAAACUACACUAGAAAAAGACAAAAAGUAUAAUUGGUGUUCUUGCGGUAUGAGUCGACAACAGCCGUUUUGUGAUGGUACUCAUAAAAAUCAAAAACUCAGAAUAACAAUGAAACCAGUUMGAGUACAAGUUGCUGAAACCAAAGAAUAUUGGCUAUGCAAUUGUAAACAAACAUCGCAUCGACCAUUUUGUGAUGGUACACAUAGACAACAACACAUACAAGAUGCAAUUAAGAAAUAUUAAUUACUGAUUUCUUAAUAUUUUUUGUAUAUUUUAAGAGAUAUAGUUUUUUUUGUUAGGGC